UAAUAAAUACUGUCAGACUUUCAAACUGUCAACUAUUUUAACCUCACACAUUAACCAACAAAAAAGUUUUGCUUUUAUAAAAGAAAAAUGUUCCUUCUCAGAAAUUCUACGAGAAGUUUCAAACAACUUGUACAGAUCUCCAAUUUGAACAACAGGAUAGGUGAAAGACAAAUCAAACGUUGGGUCGCACCAACUUUGAAGGCAUUGAAAAGAAGAAGGGACAAGCUAGGUCCAGAAGAACCAUCUCCUAGAUCUUCAUAUUUAGAGUGGAAUUAUGAAGCAGAAUUAUAUGCUUUUGGUAAAAGAUUAGGAGAAAAUUUCGAUCGUGACAUAUUAAAGAGAGCUUUGAUUCAUAGGUCUUAUAGUAAUAUAAAUAAUCAAGAUCAAGAAAAUAAAAUAUUAGAUAAUAAAGAGCUAAUUAAAGAGGGAAAUGAUAUUAUAAUCCAAUUUUUGAAGGAAGAAUUCCAGAAUUAUCCGGAUGAUGUGAUUAAUUCAUUAAUCAAAUAUUUAACUUCUGAUGAUAUGCUCAGUCAUGUGGCCAAACAUUUAGGCCUUACUGAUUUGGUAUUUACAUCUGAAUUUCCAGUUGACAAGUCAACAUUAGCAGAUACUUUUAAAGCUGUUAUUUGUGCUUUGAAACUUUCAGAUAAUCUUGAAAGAUCCCAGAAGUUUAUUAAAGAUUUUCUCAUAGUUCAACUUAGUGGUAAAACAGUAUUUGAUAUUUGGGAACCAGAGGAUCCAGUCAAUUAUUUAGACAACUUGUUGAAAGAGAAAGGAGUGGAAUCAUUUGAAGCUAGGCUUUGCAAUACAUCUGCAUCAAAUACAAUUCUUGCCAAUUAUCAGGUUGGAUUAUAUUCAAAUGAUAAAAAAAUGUUGGGCAUAGGUUGGGGAGAAAAUGUAGAAAUAGCCAAGAAUACAGCAGCAUUAGAUGCCAUCAGGAAAAUAUGUAAUUUUUGAUUUUCAGACUAAUAAACCUUGUGUAUAAGUAAAA